AUGCCUGCGACAGUCAGCGAAGAGGAAGGAAAUUACGCAAUUAUGUGCAAAAUCUCGACGAUGGAAUUUGUACGCCAGAAAAACUUUCCAUAUGUAGUGGUUCCCAAUGUCUAUGCCUAUGGGCGCCCUGGAUCUCGGCGUGCAGCGGCCGCGGGUGCUGCGUAUAUGAUGACAGAGGGCUUUUAUGGUAAUACAUUACAGGAUGUUGCGUUUGACAUGUGCAAUUUACCGCAAGGCCUAGGUUCCAGUCCAAGGGCAUAUUAUAACCCAGUGGACAAUGUGCAGGCGCAACAAGCAACUUUGCGUUAUCCUCAAAUCGGUUCUAUUGCCCAGCUUACUCAAUCAGGGGAGCCUGUUAUAGGGAAAUUGUCUACAGUAGCAAGGGAAGAACCUGUCCCACCAGGUCCAUUCUCAACAGCUUCGGGUUAUUUCAUUGCCAUUGGAACAACAGCAUUGCAUCAAUCAGAUGUUCAAAAUAAAGCGCACGGUUCAGAUACAAUGCAAUAUAACAUGCUCGAUGCCUCUGUCUUCCUCGAUAUAGUACAGACAACUAGCCUUUUUACGAUGCCUCAAGAUAUUUUCCACCUGAACCACAUGGAGUUGAUGAUGAAGAAAUAG